AAAUUUCAAAGCGUACGGUUGGCGGAAACGGAAAAAAACAAUUAAAAAUAAAACGAAAUAAGGAAUAUUUAAAGAAAUAUGCCUUUAAUAUUAAAAUAGUAAAAAAUAAAAUAUAAAUAAAAAAUCGCUUUGUCACAAAAGAACAUUCAUGCAUCAUUAUUAAGCAAAUAAAUCGAUGAAUUUGCGGGCAAAUAGAAAUAAAUAUUAUUAAUUGUCUAGUAUUUGUUUUUCUUGAUAUUUUGUGUUAGAAAAAUAAACAUAGAAAUUUCAAUUUUAUUUAAUAUUUGCAAUUACAAGUGAAUGUUUUAAAUUUAUAAAAGUGCUAAGAAAUCAAAAAAAAAAAAAAAAACAAAAAGAGUUUUUUAAUCAUAAAAAUUAUAUUCAAGAAAUUUAAAUAAAAUGUGUCGUGUUUUCCACAUUAUUUGUGUGGCUUUACUGUUUAACCAAUUGCACGGAUUAUGGGCUUUAACAGACAAUGUUUCGGUUGAGCCUAGACCUUCAUAUUUGACUUCUACUGAAAUGGAAUUAUAUCGUCAUAGUUUGGAAUUCAUAGAAGAGGCCGCCUGUCGUAGAGAUUUAAAUGCAACUUUAAGGGGUAUUUUAAAUGGCCAGCAGUGGGCAACUUCAAUGUUUGAUGCCUCUGUCCGUAGUCCUGCUGGCAUUGAGAGUGGAAUUCUGUAUCAUUUCGGUCAUUAUGACCAAUGUUUACAUACACAUAAUUUCAAAUCUCAUUCGGAAGAUUCAGCUUACUAUGAUGUACCCGUUCAAGCUAAAUACUGUUUGGUCGAUGUAAAAAUCGAAGGUCUAACGCCUUUGCAGUCUGGAUCACGUGAGAAGCAGCCAUUGGAAUUGACAACCCAUUGGGGCGUAUGUAUACCAGCCGCAUGUCGUGCUAAUGAUGUUGCAAUUUAUUUGCAACAUACAUUGCAACGCAAUGUGACGGUCAACGACAAAAUGUGCCAAUAUAGAGGCGGACAUGAGCUGCAUAUCAGUGAAGGCAUGUUUAUUUAUGCUUUGUUUAUUUUGUUCUUUUUAUUCUUGGCCAUAUUGAGUACAUUGUAUCACAUCUAUUUGAUAAGUUCGAAACGCAAUGAGGAAAAUAUUGCAAAAACUUUGGCACGUAAUAAAAUUUUAAAUAUCGCUUUGUUAUCAUUUUCAAUAAUUGAAAAUAUAAAAAAGCUUUUUCAAGCCAGCAAAGAUCAAUUGGGUUUGAAUUCUAUUAAUGGCAUUAAAGCAUUGGCCAUGUUAUUUAUCUUGGCUGGUCAUGUUUUGUCGUUCAUCUACGGCCGUCCAGUCUACAAUCAGGAAUUCAUAGACGAGAAUAUAAAAUCACCUCUGUUUGGUUUUUUGAGCAACUCUCUGUUAUUUGUUGACGUUUUCCUUCUAUUGAGUGGUUUCUUGUUUUGUCGUAUUCUUCUUAUUGAAUUGGAAAGACGCAAGGGGAAAUUAAAUGUUUUGAUUCUGUAUGUUGGCCGUUAUAUACGUUUGACACCUGCUUAUUUGGCCAUUAUUGGCUUUUAUAUCACUUGGUUUCCCAGCAUUGGCAGUGGGCCGUUGUGGCAGCAGCGCAUUGAGAGGGAGCAGGAACGUUGUCAGUUGUCGUGGUGGUCAAAUAUAUUGUAUAUAAAUAAUUAUAUUGGUUCAGGAAAGUUGUGCAUGUUUCAAUCCUGGUACUUAUCGGUGGACUCACAACUUUUCUUUAUGGCUCCAAUUGUUAUAUAUCUUUUGAAUAAGUCACGCAAACAUGGUCUAAAUUUAUUGUUAAUCUUAGUGGCGGUUACAGCGGUCAUACCAUUUAUAGUUACAUAUCUAAAUAAUUUAGAUCCAACUUUAAUGAUAUAUCCAAGUGAAGUUACCGAUUUAGCUAGUAAUGUUUACUAUAGCACUACCUACAUUAAGACACACAUGAGAGCUUCGGCCUAUGUCAUAGGAAUAUUAACUGGUUACCUAGUACAUCUGAUGCAAGCAAAAAGAACAAAAUUACCGAAAUGGUUUGUACGUUGUUUUUGGUUAUUUUCCAUUUUCAUUGGUGUUGCCUCUAUGUUUUCCGUUACACGUUUUUAUGUGACUGCCUAUAAUAAUUUGGAAAGUACCAUGUAUGCUGGUUUUCAUAAAUUGGGUUGGAAUGUAGCUGUUGCUUGGCUUGUACUAUCGGUUACAACGGGUCAUGCUUCCCGAUUGCAAAAGUUUUUAAGUAGUCGCGCGUUUGCUCCUAUAUCACGUUUAACAUAUUGUGCUUACCUUUCCAACGGUAUAGUCGAAUUGUAUUAUUCGUCUAGUGUAAAGGUGCCGAGUUUUAUGGGUUAUUUACAUUUGUCUACUGACAUUUUUGGUCAUAUCUUGGAUACAUUUUUAAUUGCUUUAAUUUUAUGUUUAUUGUUCGAAUCGCCUAUACACGCUUUGGAACGCAUAUUAAUGGGCAGUUUCCGUAAGACUACGAAUACAUCUACCAAAAAUAAUUCGAAUAAUAUUAAUAAUAAUGAUAAUCAAACACCUAGUACUUCAGAAGAACAAGCAGCUUAAUUUCUAAGAUAUUAGGUAUAUAUUUUCUUUUUUUAGUUACAAAGAAAAUCUCAUAUUGUGAUAAUUAUUUUCAGAAUAGUUAUAUAUUAAUUUCUAUGUUUAUUCAUUUCACUAUUUUAUUUAACACUUGCCCUUUUAUUAUAAUUUAUAAUCACACUUCACACUAUCAUCCUUUUUAUGAAAAAAGUUUGGGUUUUACGUCACCCUUAUUUUAUUCCCAUUAUUUUCUAAACAUUUUCAUUCUCUUACUGUUUUAUUGUUUCAUCCUAAGUCUUCUUUUUACAUCAAUAAGUUACUUAGAAUCCUAUCAACAUUUCAAGUAAAAAAUUGCUCAGAAUCCGAUCAACUUUUUCUUCUUAGGGCUAAUCUUUAGGUGAAAGAUUAGCGAUUAAAUUAAAAUUAAUCCUCGAAAGAUGUUUUUGAGUACUCAAUUAGUUAAUUUUGUUUGCAAGUUUAAGCGCCCAAUGGAGGUGGUUUAAUCUUAAG